AUGAGGAGUAAACAUUCUGUCCAAGCGCUUGAGAACCGGCUGCGUGCUCUGAAGCGCACGUAUGGACGUGAUCUAUCAAGAUUUCCACCGUGUUUUUUCUCCACGUCGACCCCAACAUUCUCUCACAAGCAGCUUCUUCGUCUUCUGGAACCGAGCCAAGCAGAAGGAGCUAUCCACGAUAUCUUCAGCAACGCUUCGGCCGCGGACGCUCGUCAACAAGGUCGAAAGACGGAUGAGAACGCAAGUGAGAUGCUGCCUGCCGCUAUAUUACACGUGAUUAAAAUGAUUGGAGCUGUGCAUCAAGACAACGUCUGUCUUGACAUUGGUGCUGACCUGGGGAAUGUUUCGGCGCAGUUUGCGAUGCCGACGAUUGCACGCCAAUGCUUGGGAAUCGAGAAACGACCGGAGGCGAGCGAGGACGUGGCUUUCUUCACGCUGUCGGUCAAGUUCAACAAGGCACUUGACAACAAGGGCAAUGUCAUGUUCCUGUCGUACCUAGCUCAGCACAAGAAGAAGGUGGCCUAUGGCAGCUCGUACGUGAAGCUGGUUUCCGCGAACGUGGGCAACGCGUAUGCCAAGCUGCCACCCGCGGGUGUGGGCCGCGCGUACACCAAGCGGCCGCCCGCGGACGUAUACCCCCAAACACCCGCGGCGAGUCGCCGUAGGUGGUCACGUUCGAGCCGGUCAUCUGCGGCAGUACCCAGCGCCUACACUCGCUCAUGCUCAGGAAGGUCAGCACGCACGGGCUCAAGACUGACGGCAAGAGCGCCAAUGAAUGAGUGCUGGUCAAGCAAGGCCCGGCCCUUCCUACCGGAGAAGCAGGUCAAGAACCUCAACCCGUUCGAGGCCAAGGACAGGGUGGAUGCCAAUCACGUCCCAGGCCCGCAGGACAAGAAGCCCGCAGACGACAACGGCACCCCAAGACAAUCUCGGAACUGGUCGAUGAGAAGCCCGAGGACUGAGACGAUGAGGGCGACGGCGAGGGGGAGCCUACCAUGA